AUGAUACCCAGAAGAGAAGAGGACGUGGAGACGACGCCGCUCAGUCCACGCGUUAGCGACGUUUCCGACGAAAGCGCAUACUUGCGUGGGGAAGAUUACCUUGAGAGCCCAGCCAGUGAGGCCAGUCAGUGGGCCGAGGGAGAGAAGAGGGGAGCUUGGACGAGCAAAGUGAGACAUGCAGUGGGAAUAGCUCUCCUACUUGCGACGGUGUUCCUAUGGACAGCUAGUAAUUUCCUCGCGAGUACGAUAUUCGCAGACAACUCAUACUCGAAACCUUACUUUGUAACCUACGUAAACACGACUUUCUUCAUCAUACCGCUUUUCCCUAUGGUCGUUCACCACCUAUGGGUCGAUCGUCACCGUCCGAAUAGCGCGUGGCAACACCGUCAGCCGAUCCUAGCACACGUCCGUGACCUCCUACAACGGCGAGCAGGGAAAUGGAAACUGCUUCGUGAUCACGAAUCGUCGUCUUCGCCUUCAUCUUCGAAUAAAUCGCGAAAUGACGAGGCAGCAGAAGUCCUCUUAUCAUCUUCCCUCCACGGCUCCCAGAGUUUUGGUAGCGGGAACCACGGAGAGCAGGACAUGGAUGAAGGCAUGACGUUGAAAGACACAGCAAAGCUAGCCUUGGAAUUCUGUCUCCUCUGGUUCCUGGCAAAUUACUUUGCAGCUGCAUGUCUAGAAUACACCACCGUCGCCAGCUCGACCAUCCUCUCUUCCACAUCCUCAAUUUGGACGUUACUCCUCGGAUCCAUAAUGCGCGUUGAGCGAUUCACGCUACUCAAACUUAUCGGUGUACUCGCUUCUCUCGGCGGAGUAGCCCUCAUCUCCAUGGUUGAUGUAUCCGGCGAAACGGACGAGAACCGAGGCUCCUUUCCACACAAAACACCGAAAGAACUAGCCAUCGGCGACGUAAUGGCAUUUGUAUCCGCCGUGCUAUACGGCUUCUACACUGUUUUCAUGAAGGCCCGAAUUGGCGAUGAAACAAGAGUCAACAUGCCUCUCUUCUUCGGUCUCGUCGGUUUGGCUAAUGUCCUGCUGCUGUGGCCCGGAUUCAUCAUUCUGCAUCUGACUGGUAUCGAACCCUUUGAACUGCCACCUACAUCCCGCAUUCUGAACAUUGUGCUUAUCAAUAGCGCGUCAUCCCUCAUAUCGGACUUUUGCUGGGCGUACGCUAUGCUGCUGACCUCGCCGCUGAUUGUUACCGUUGGUCUUAGUUUGACAAUUCCGUGCAGUCUUGUCGGACAGAUGGUAUUGGAUGCGCAGUAUGCGUCAGCGUUGUAUUGGGUUGGUGCCGCGAUCAUGGUGCUUUCCUUCUUGUUUAUCAAUCACGAGGACCGGAAAGAUGAGGCAGAGGGGUUACAGGGCGCGGAUGAUGCCGUGACAGAGGUACAGAGGAGCUUUCAGAGUCUGAGACAGAGCUUGAGUCGAAGAAAUUCUAGGACGGAGGUAUGA